UUGGAUUUCGAACCAUGGCGAAGAAGCAGCUGGAUGUGCUGACGGCUCUGGACGCGGCAAAAACACAAUGGUACCAUUUCACGGCCAUUGUAAUUGCCGGAAUGGGCUUCUUUACCGACGCCUACGAUCUCUUCUGCAUUACUACUGUCACCAAACUGCUGGGUCGAAUCUAUUACGCAGACGCGCCCAAUGUUCCCGGCAUUCUACCCAUGUCAGUUGCGUCUGCGGUCACGGGGGUGGCCUUGUGCGGAACUUUGGUGGGGCAGCUCUUCUUCGGGUGGAUGGGCGACAAACUGGGACGGAAGAAAGUGUACGGAAUAACGCUGAUGCUCAUGUUCGUCUGCUCCAUCUCCCAAGGUCUCUCCUUCAGCAGCUCCAGGAAAGGCGUGAUGGCCACGCUCUGUUUCUUCAGAUUCUGGCUGGGCUUCGGCAUUGGGGGAGAUUAUCCCUUGUCCGCCACCAUCAUGUCUGAGUACGCCAACAAGAAGACCAGAGGAGCCUUCCUCGCCGCCGUCUUCGCAAUGCAAGGCUUUGGCAUCCUCGCGGGUGGAAUAGUAUCUCUCAUCGUGUCCGCCGCAUUUAGAAAGUAUGAGGCAGACGUUUCACACAACCUAGCAGUCCAUGAAUCAGACUACGUGUGGAGAAUUAUCCUAAUGUUCGGCGCACUACCGGCGGCGCUUACGUUCUACUGGCGAAUGAAGAUGCCUGAGACGGCGCGCUACACGGCCCUGGUCGCCAAGAACGCAAGCAAAGCGGCAGUGGACAUGGCGAGAGUUAUGAAGGUCGACAUCGAAGAUAACCAAAGCAAUAUGCAGUCGAACGAGCCGGAAUUCGGAUUGUUUUCAGUCCGAUUCUUGAGACGCCACGGCCGACACCUUCUGGGCACCACUUCCACCUGGUUCCUCCUGGACAUCGCCUUCUACAGCCAAAACCUGUUUCAGAAGGAUAUGUUCAAGGCCGUCGGCUGGAUUCCAAAAUCAGGGGAGAUGGGAGCCAUACAAGAGGUAUAUACGAUCGCAUGGGCACAGGUGAGAAUUGCGAUUUUUUCAAUAAUCCCGGGGUACUGGUUCACGGUAUUCCUGAUCGACCACAUAGGUCGCUUUGUCAUUCAACUCAUCGGCUUCUUCUUCAUGUCCGCCUUCAUGUUGGUGCUCGCUAUCAUGUACGACUAUUGGCGAGGUCACAAGUACGGGUUCCUUGUGAUGUAUGCAUUCACCUUUUUCUUCGCUAACUUCGGGCCCAACAGCACCACAUUCAUUGUCCCGGCAGAGCUUUUUCCCGCGCGAUUCCGGUCGACCUGUCACGGCAUAUCCGCUGCGAUGGGAAAAGCAGGGGCCAUCGUUGGCGCUUUUGGCGCUGGCUAUCUUGCUCAAGACGAUAAGCACCGCAAGACGGCUCUGUUGAUACUCGCAUUUACCAAUGCUCUGGGUUAUGUUUUCACGUUUCUUGUGCCUGAAACAAAUGGCAGAUCCCUCGAAGAAAUCUCUGGAGAAAAUGAUGAUGUGGAAGACAAGGACAGGGACCCUACAAUUCCAUACACCGUCAGUGUGUAG